GACCCAUUCAUAAAUUAAUCGCCACAAAGACAAGGGCUUGCUUAUUUAAAUGGGUUUACCAGUAUACAAUAUACGCGUGGCUAUUUCUGCCUCCAUCUGGUUAUCAAAAAUGCUCGGGCAUUGCAGCAUCCUUCGGCUCAGUGAGGGAAACUGAAACGAGCCGGAGAAAGCAAAAGUGACUUCCGAGCGACAGCCCCCUUCUGCGGAGAUGGUUAUGCGCGCUGUCUGCGCUGCACCAGGAAGGGCAGCUCGCACUGUGUAGCUGCUCGCGCUGUGUAGCUGCUCACAGUCGCUCAGCACUUUUUUCUUUCUUUCUUUCCUUCUUUCUGUCCGGUGGGGAAAGAAAGACACAGAUCGCACUGUACUGCCUCUGUGGUCUAAUGCUGCCCCCGGUAACCAGCGGAUCCCAGCAUUAAGCUCAAAUGGAGUCGGGAAUUACGAAAGAGGAUAUUUACUCCAAAAUCACACCGCGGAGGCAGCGACAAAACCGAACGGGCACAGUGAAGCAUGGAUCCAGUUUGGAUGUUCUACUGUCCAUGGGUUUCCCCAAAACCAGGGCACUGAAGGCCCUGGUGUCCACAGGGGUCCGGAGUGUGCAGGCGGCAUGCGAUUGGCUGUUCUCGCAUGUGGAUGACCCUUUCCUGGAUGAGCCGCUGCCCCGGGAGUUUGUGUUGUACCUACGGCCCAGUGGGCCUCUCCUGCACCAGCUCUCACACUACUGGCAGCAGUCACGCCUCAUGUGUGGCAAGAACAAGGCCCACAACAUCUUCCCCCACAUCACCCUCUGCCAGUUCUUCAUAUGUGAGGAUCAGAAGGUGGAGGCUCUCUGCGAGGCCCUGCAGGCUACCGUGAACCAGUGGCGAGGUCGUUUCCCCAACCCGCUGCCCCUGGAGCUCUACACGUCCUCCAGCUUCAUCGGCCUCUUUGUGGAGGAGAAGGUGGCCGAUGUCCUCAAGGCCUUUGCUGCGGACUUUGCUGCCACUGCCACAGAUAUCCAUGUGGAGCCACACAAGAAGCAGCUCCAUGUGACCCUGGCCUACCACUUUCAAGCCAAUCACCUGCCGUCACUGGAGAAACUGGCCAAGGGCAUCGACGUGUCGCUGGGCUGCGAUUGGCUGGCCGUGCUCUAUUCCCGGGACAUCCGAUUCGCCAAUCACGAGACGCUGAGGGUGAUGUACCCCUACGCCCCGCAGAAUGAGGAUGAGUUGGAGCUGUCGCCGGGCGAUUUCAUCUACAUGUCACCGCUGGAGCAGAACAACACCAGCGAGGGCUGGGUGUUUGGCACCUCCCACAGCACGGGGGUGUCCGGCCUGCUACCCGAGAACUACAUCAGCCGGGCAGACGAGUGCGACACCUGGGUCCUCCAUGGGUCCUACUCCUUCGGCUCCGCCUCCCCUUCUGCAGCGUUGGGCGCCAUGGGCGGGGCCUGUGAUGGGCAGCUGGACAGUCGGCACCUAGAGGAGUCCAGCCUAGGGGAUCUGCACACUUUCAGUAACAUCUGUCACCCGUUACAGGGGCUACAAACCAGCAGCCAGUCGCAGCUGCCCAAGCGCUGCCUCUUCGUCUGUCGUCACGGCGAACGGAUGGACGUGGUGUUCGGGAAACACUGGCUCAACCAGUGCUUUGAUGCCAAAGGUCGCUACGUACGAACCAACCUCAACAUGCCGGCUAGCCUGCCCCCUCGGAUCGGGGGCUACCGAGACUACGAGAAGGACGGCCCUAUCACUGUGUUCGGCUCCACGCAGGCCAGGCUAGUGGGGGAGGCCCUGCUGGAAAGCAAUACGGUGAUACAUUUUGUUUAUUCCUCACCAUCCCUGCGCUGUGUCCAGACCGCCCACAGCAUUCUCAGAGGCCUCCAGCAGGAUGGGAAGCUGAAGAUCCGGGUGGAGCCGGGACUUUUUGAGUGGACCAAGUGGGUGUCGGGCACAUCGCUGCCGGCCUGGAUCCCCCCCGCGGACCUGGUUGCGGCCAACCUGAGUGUCGACACAACGUACAGACCUCACAUACCCAUCAGCAAGCUGGGCGUGUCUGAACCGUACGAGACCUACAUCAGCCGGAGCUUCCAGGUGACCAGGGAGAUCCUGGCCGAGUGCAAAAGCAAGGGGAACAAUGUGCUGAUUGUGGCCCAUGCCUCGUCCCUGGAGGCCUGCACUCGCCAGAUGCAGGGCCUCAGCCCACAGAACUCCAAGGACUUUGUGCAGGUGGUGCGGAAGAUCCCCUACCUAGGCUUCUGUGCAUGUGAGGAGCAGGGCGAGACGGGGGUGUGGCAGCUGGUGGACCCCCCCAUCCUGCCUCUGACGCACGGGCCGAACCACAGCUUCAACUGGAGGGAGACCCUGCUACAAGACUGAGCCCACAGGGCGCCCGAAACAUCACGCCAGAGCCCCUGUGAGACCCACACGCACAGGACUGGGAUCCACGCCCUGCCCCAACCUUCUGCUUCCUCAACUUCUAAUGUAUUUGACUCUCAAAUUGGACCCAGACAGCAAACUGGAUACCUGACCGGUCUCCCGCCAGCUGCAUUGGAGGCCCUGCAGCGUAACGCGCCCUGACAUCAUCGACAUGCAUAUGUAAACGUACAAGCCGGUUCCCUGCUUUGAACAUGCGUGUGCGAACACGGGUAUGAGCGGCUGUGCGUUUCGGGAGAUGAGCAGAGCUGUGGAACCGCGGCCGUGGGCCCAUGCACCCGGGUUUGACUGUGACUGCCGAUGCAAUGUGUGACUGCCUGGUAGCCCCGCCCAUGUUCGAAAUGCCCCAUGGCACAGGUGCGUGGAGAUGAGUGGCGGUAAUUCUUUUCCUGUCCAGCUGUCAGUAAAUAUGGGGACCCCUGCUGGCCAGUAAGGGCAAUGGCAAGUCUUGUUGCGCUUCUCUGCUGAUCUGAUGGGUCACAUUUUCAGUUUGGGUCACCCCUCCCAUCUGCCUAUUCACCUGGCUGCUGUGAGUCCGUGGUCAGAAACCGUGCGAAGCUCCUGAACUCUUUUUUUUUUUUUACCCCAAAAUUCCAAAUUUCCAAAAUUUCAAAAUUGACACAAAUUCCAGAAUGUACCAUAAAGUUGUGGAAAGCACAAAAAUGGCCCUUUGACAAUCAGACAUGGAUAUUUUGAUAGUUUAGUAGCAGAAUCAGAGUGGGAACAUAUUAGUUUUCUACUUUAUUUUCGUGUGAUUUGUUUCAGAUUCAGAGUGACUGAAGGGUUUCAGAUUCAUACAAUUAGGCAUUUUUUUUUACAGCAAUUCAAAUAAAGUUUGUUUCCCUCAAGGGUACAACAGCCAUGUUCCACCUCCAAAUUUGAACCUGAACCAGCCCCAGUAGGUGAGUUCACAGGCAUUUCUGCACAAUGUGGGAAAAAAAAUAGCAAGCUUAGGUUUUUUCAGGAGGGAAAAUUGAGAGGAGGCCUCUAAUUUGUAUCAGGAGGGGUCAGUCUACAGGAAUACCCAAAUUUAACCCAUCUCUCUUUUGUAAAUAAUAGCUUAUCCGGCUUAUGCUAUGGAGUCUAUUCCAGGGAGUGUGGUAAGACAAGGUAAACCCUGGCCAGGACUCCAGUACGGCUCACUGACAUGCAAAUCUGGGUUUUGAUCCAACUCGUAGCCCUGCGGGGUUUGAGGCACCGGUGCUACCGACUGAGCUGCAGUCCUUUGACGUAAUUCUCGAGAAUCUCAGCCAAGGCGGUUUGGCCGGAUCCUGGCAGCCAGAGUAGGUUAAAUGUGUCGUUUAGAAAAACCAUACCUGCAAGGGGUUCCGCUCAUAGAAACCUUAGCUGGAAAUCAACAACUCUGUACACGCUUUAGAUACUUAUCUGUUACUGGGCCUGUUACACGCACACGUCGUAUUUAAUUGACUUGAUAAGUAUUUUUGAGUACUUUGGUCACUGGAAGUGAGUCAUGGACAAUAUGGAGAUUUGGGAAUAUUGCAGGCUCGAAAAUUCCAGACCCUGAAUGUGGCUGAUGAGAGGUGAGAGACCUUUAUCCCUUUCAUUAUCUUGUCUUCCAGACCCAUUCAACAGAUUUGCUGUGAGUUUGUGCCUCACUGACCCCCUCCCGUACAGAAAAUGAUUGAUUCCAUGCUUUCUUUUGGCUAAACCAAGUCAUUUUUUGGUUAUCGACCCGUUGUGGUUCAUGCUGGGCAGGACUGAGUCGCCUUUGCCUGCAUUCCUUAGUCUAUUAGAGCAGGUUUCCAAGAGGCAAAAUAUCAAUGUUGAAACAUAAUUUUAAAAAAUUACUUCUGGUUGACCGCUUAAUUUUAGCAUUCAUCCCACACGCUGUGUGUAUUUACUCUGAAAUUAGUUUUUUUUAAGCUUUUAUUUCUUAUUUAAGCCUAUAGAGUUUUUUUUUCACAUCCAGUUGGCUAGAACGCGUGAGUGAUCUUCUUUUAUUAAAUCUCGCAUUUCCCUUGGCCAGCAAGUGGGCUAAUCGCCAGCUUCUGUUCAGCCUCAGCUUCUGCCGGUGUCCGUGCUCCACAGCAUGGUGCUUUUACACCUUGCAUUCAAGGUGCAGGAUGACUUCACAGGAGCAACGUAAAACCCAUGUGAUCCAUCGUGCUGGUUUGGGGAAGGUCUGCGCCGUCUUUGAUUAUUAAUUAGAAGUAGCCAAGGAGGAGUGUGUAGUCUUCUGCUUCAAUGCUCACUACCUCUAACGGUCCUGGCGCCCGAUUCACCAGGCAGGAUUUCUUGCUUAGCCAGAUAACUUGCCAGAAUUAAGUUAGUCUGGGCUAAAUGCAAGUUGAUGAAAAUAAAGCCUAUUUAGCCCAGAGUACCUUAAAUCUGGCAAGUUAUCUGGCUAAGCAAGAAAUCCUGCCUGGUGAAACAGGCCCCUAAACAGGGACUUGGACCCUAAACAGUGGAUGACAGCUGGGAUGUUUGUUUCUCUAACUUAAAAAAAAGAGAGAGGUUUCUAACUUUUUGCCACAAUGCACUCGAGUUACGAGAGUUACGAGACAUCGGAAUGACAAAUUUGUUUCUGUGCUGAAAGGAACAAUAAUCCAAUUCGGUUCUAUACCAUGAUUAAAAAAUACGUUCAAUUCAAAAUAUUAAUAUUUUAUGAUGCCAAAGUAUUGCGGAAAUAGAGUAGAAUCAGUCGAUAUUAUCAAUUUCAAAGUUUACUUCAACAGGCCAACAGUGAAGCAGCAGGAAACUGGUAUCGAAUGGUACUACAUGCUGUAGAACUGAACCUGUACAUCCCUUACGCGUUGGAUUUCUUUCAUUCUAGCAUAUCAUGAUACUGAAUGAUGCCACGCUGAACGGUUCCUAUGUAAUGUGAGACAGGGGAGGCCUGACACCACCAUACAGACCAGUGUCAGACCAGUGCCAGACCAGUGCCAGACCAGGCUUCAGCGGACAGCGGGCAGCCUUUGUGCUUCCUCAUAGUAAAACUUUGUAAACCACAUAGUCCAGAUCUUUGUGGGAGUGGCAAUGAGGGGCUGCUGUGUGUGUUUCCUGCUUAAACGUACACCACGAGCAACCGUUGACUUCACAGUAUAAUGCGUGAAUUCGACAACUGCUAAUUGUAAUCGGACAGACAGGCGUUCUAAUGUGUCCAUCCUAACUGUACUGUUGUAGAAUAUAUAUUGUCCUCUGUUCUGUGUCCCUGUGUUGAGCUAUAUGCCUUUGUAGCACUUCACACUGACUAAUAUAUCAAUGAUAUUUAGUUACAUACUGCUUUGUUGGAGCAACUUCUUAGUCUUAUUAAGACUUAUGCCGUACAUAUUUAUUAAAUCACUUGAAUGGCAGUUAUUGAUUAUGCAAUUUGAUUUAAUCCCUUUAUAAAAUAUGAAGACCUUUGAAAUUUGGAGAUCAACCACACACACACACACACACACACACAUAUAUAUAUGGAUAUGCAAUAUUUCAAUACAUCAAUACAUAAAACUUCCAUUGGUUAUUUAUAUAUACUUUAGAAAAGUAAAGCCUCUUGCCUAUAUAUGUGACCAAAAAAGAAACACAGAGUUGAAUUAUUUUCCGUUUAUUUCUUUUCUGUUGAAUCAGUGGUUGAUUUUUCCAUUUUCCACCCCACUUACAUCAUUUUUUUGCUUCCCUGUUUGCUCUGUCAUAAAUGUGUUAAAAUGAAGGAUUUUCACCUGCCUCGUGCUUACUGAAGUUCAUUAAAUUGCAGUCACAGGUUUGCUCCGUACUUGCGUAAGCGGACGUGACAAAGAAGGCGAGUGUAAAAGACCCGACCCCAUGGCGAUCUCUUUACUUGAAAAGAAAAGACAAAAAAAGAAAAACAAGAACAACAGCAACAACGACAACAAAAGGUGUUGAAUGCUUUAUAUAUUUAAAUUAUUGUUAAUUUUAUAUGCAGCUGCAAAAUAGUGUUUUUAAAGAAUGUGUAUUCUAUUUUGUUGCAAAUGAUUGGUAAUGACUAUUAUAAUAAUUUUCUGCUUAAGGAAAAUAUAAAUUAUGUUUGCAAAUAAAUGUUUAUUGCAUUAA